CACACUAACACAACCACCACCUGGAACGCAAUGUACACCGUCGCGACGGUAAUAUCACUGGUAGCUGCGAUACUCGUAGUAUCGGCUCAGCAAUACCAACAGCCAGGUGGUAAUUAUGUUGACGAAUACUCGGCAUACGAUUCUCCGAGACCGGCUCACCCGACCCCCAGGAGUUACGCCUCGGACGCAGCACCAAAUAGGCAAUCCGCGGCACCCACGACUCCGAAACCAACCCCGGUUGCCAUCUUGAAGCAGAUAAACAGGCACAACGAGGACGGUUCGUACACGUACGGUUUCGAAGGCGCGGAUGGUUCCUUCAAGAUCGAAACAAAAUUGCCAACCGGAGAGGUGAAGGGUAAAUACGGUUUCGUGGACGACACUGGUAAAGUACGAGUGGUCGAGUACGGAGCGAAUCAAUAUGGCUUCCAACCGGCCGGAGAGGGUAUCACCGUGGCACCACCGACCUUGGUAGACGAAACUACCAGCAGGGAAGCUCUUCAGGCACAGAACUACCAAGACGAGUAUCAGCAACCAGCCGCCAGACCAGCACCUCUUCGACAGGCGCCUGCGCCUCGUCCAGCGCCUAUUCAACAGCUUCAAUACGAGCAACAAGCGUACCAGCAACCGCAAUCCCACACCCAAGCUGUCUACUCUCCUCAAGUAGCGCCCAGGCAAUCCAGUGUCCCCAAACCAGCGAUCUUCACCCCGGCCGCUGCUCCCCAGCAAGCCCUUCCCAAGCAAACCACCAUUCUUCAACAAAACGACGAUCCAUCGCCUCCUUCCCAAUUGUAUAAUCAAGGACCAGCUCAGUUUGCACCGGCUCCUGUCCAGGAACGUCGUUCUCAACCGCAACCUCGCAGCCAAAGCGGUGGUAUUCUUGAUCAGCUGGCUAGGGAUUACGCUCUUCCUCAGGGUGUCGCACCGCCGCUACAUGAUAUCAGUUUUGGUUAUUAUUAGGCCCUCUAGUCCCUCUCGUGUUCGUCAGGGUGGUACCCGUGCGUUUUGGUAUUUACGUAUAUUGUCUGGAGACGCGAUGCCUCUUCAGGAUGGGCGGCAAUGUCGUUUACCGAAGGGAAUAUCAAGGAUUUGGGAUAAAAUCAUUUUUAAGUGUUUUAUAAUUUAAUUUUUCGUUCUUUUCAUUUUUUUAAUUGUUAUAAUUAAGGGUCCUUGAUAUUUGUUUCGGUAAGAAUACCGAGUACUUUAGUCUCUUUAAUUAGAGCACGAGUUUGUUCUUGCCAUUGGAACCAAAUGUGAAGAGGAUAUUGAAUGAAAUGUGGAAUAGAAGAGUAUAGAACACUAAAUAUGAUGUUGAUUAGGAGAAUGUCGGUUAAUUGUGAACCAAAUCUUUGAAAUGUAUUAUAUAACAGAGUGUUAGACAUUUUAAUUUUUAAACGAAACAAUUCCAUUGUUGCAAAAAUUGUAUAAAAUUUAAGAAUUGGGAAUUGAGAUAAUUGAUAAUUAUACAUUGGGUCAUUGGAAACCUAGCUUUGUCGUCCAAAAACUAAUUUAGUUGAAGAGUAAAGAAAUUAUAGUAAUAAAAUCCUUGAUGCGUUGAUUGUCCUAGUGGACAUUAAUGACCGCCAUCAUAUAUUUAAUUCAAUGAAACAGCAAAUCGGCUAAUUAAAUUAAGAAAUAACAUGGCCAUCUGGCAGCCAACGUGUUAAGGUAUUCUUAAUCACCCUUCAAAACUUGUAUUUCCUACUUAAAUUUAAAUUAAUUAUAAAAUAAUUAACAUACCGAUAAUGAAUGAAUACUUCUGUUAAAUUCAUUUAUUUGUAACGUGUUAUAUACUCUUCCAUUUCCACACCACAGGUA